GCUGCCCGCCGCGGGACUGCGGCCGGCGGGUGAGGGGUUCGGUACGGCGCUCUCCUCGGCCCUUCUUAGAGCCGACGCCCGCCUGGAAGCGGUGUGUGCUGGGGGCCGUCGGGCGGUGGUGCGGCGAGGCAGCCCGUCUGCACGGCGCCCGGAGCCGCGGGCACGAUGUUUUUAACGCUGGCCCUACUCCGGAAGAGGAUUCCUGGAAAGCAGUGGAUUGGAAAAUACAGGCGGCCGAGAGUAGUUACCACUACCAUGAAGCAGGCGAUGAUCCGAAGGCUGGAAAUUGAAGCAGAGAACGAAUACUGGCUGAGCCGCCCGUACCUCACACGGCAGGAGGAGUGCAAUCACAACAGGGAAGCGAGGGUGGCCAGAUGGGAGGCUUUUAAAGCCCUGAAGUCGUCCAAGUUCCCCGAGCACAGAUAUAUGAGCGACCACUUGAACCACUUAAACGUCUCAAAGAAGUGGACCUCUUGAGCAAGGGCAGAUCCGUGCUUGUGCUGCUGUGAGAUGCAACGCUGCAGCUGUUGUGGCAGCUUUGUAACGCAGUCACAGAGGCAGAUGAGAAAUGGCGCUGCUGUGGUGUACAAAAUCUUACAUUAAAAGUAAUCCUACAGAA